AACAGAAAACAUCUUAUCAACUAAGCAUCGCACAAGCCAUUUCCCGGCUCAACGGUAUACCACCAAUACCAUCAUCAUCACCAUCAUCAGCUCCGUCAGUACCGGUCGUCGUCAUACGGAACUUCUUUUAUAGCCUCAUCAUCAAAAUCACCACAGAGUUGAAAAAGCCAAGAAACACCUCACCAAUGAAAAAGCACAGUUUACUGUGAUGCCGGGUUUAAGCGCGAGAGCAGCUUGCAAACGUCAGUAGACUGACCAGCGUCGAAGGGAGUCGACGACCUUGAAGAAACCGACUCUUGAAGAAGGAUCCUCACAAAGAAAGACUUGCGCGCGCACGCCGGGCAGCUCAUCAAUGAAUCUGAACUGAGAGAGGGCCCAACUCGCAAAAGGGUGACAAUAAUUGGGCAUGACGACGACGACAACGUCCAUUAAGCGUGUUAUCGGCAGACGUCCAGAUUACCACAUCGGACCCAACGGAAUCCCCCGGCUUACGGGUUUAAGGAUGCGGAAAAUGAAUUCGCCCCAGCAGCAGCCACUUCAGCAGCCAACCGACCCAGUUAAGCUGAACAAGUGCCUCUACAACUUAACCGUCCGGAAUGGCACCAACGCCGCCGUUCGGUCGGAUAAAAUCGAAAGUGAUAUAGCGAUAAGGAACCAAUAUAGCAGUAAAUCAAGUUCAUCCAACUGUAGUAUCUCCGAUCGGAGAAGUUCAUCGACGACAAUUGCAUCAUCAGCGAACCGUAACGACCCCCGGAACACCUCGCAGCAGUCCAACUACUCAUCGUCCAUUCCUAGGAUUAGCACUAGCAUUAGCAGUAGUACCAACAACAACAGUAGAAACAGCAACGGCAUCGUCAUGAAUGGGUCGCGGCCACUUCUCAGCGGUAGGCAGCAACGGCAUCAACGGAGUGCAACUGCUGCUGGUGAUGAUGCCGGUAGCAACGGUGACGGAGCCGAUGCGAAUCUCAUUAAUGGAUCCGCCAACGGUGACCGGCGGCGGAGCAGCAGCAGCGUUUUGGUGAGACAAUACAGACUUUCGGCGGCGAUCGACAACCGGCUGAGCUACCAACGAAAGUACGACCGGACCAUUUUCGGCUGCAACCGACUGGAUCAGUUUGUGCUGCCACCGUUACAAAUCUAGCCGCGCUCCCUCAAUAAAGAGAAAGACUUGGAACAAUAAA